AAUCACAACUUUGUUAUGGACACAGCUUAUGCCAGCUGCCCAGACGACGUGGAAGGCCUUCUGUUGUUCUUUCCUUCCUCAUGCUUAAACAGCUGUUGGAGGAAAGCGUCGCACAGUGCUACGACUAGGACGAUGCCCAGUUUUAAGCAGAACAAGACUCCCGGCUGGCCCGAGAAUGUCGGCAUCCUUGCUAUGGAGAUCUACUUCCCAUACCUCUACGUGGACCAGACCGAGCUCGAGGCGUUUGAUGGCGUCUCGACCGGCAAGUACACAAUUGGCCUCGGUCAAGACCGCAUGGGCUUCUGCUCCGACCGCGAGGACAUCAACUCACUCUGCCUGACCGUGACUAGCCGUCUUAUGGAGCGAACAGGCGUGCACCCCAGCCGCAUUGGCCGCCUCGAGGUCGGCACCGAGACACUUGUCGACAAGUCCAAAAGUGUCAAGACGGUUCUAAUGGAGCUGUUCGAGGAAGCGGGAAACACAGACAUUGAGGGUGUGGACACGACCAAUGCCUGCUAUGGUGGAACGGCGGCACUGUUCAAUGCAGCCGCGUGGGUGGAGUCCAGUGCCUGGGACGGACGCUACGCCAUUGUGGUGGCCGCCGACAUUGCUGUAUAUGCCACAGGCCCUGCCAGGCCCACGGGUGGUGCUGGUGCCGUGGCCAUGCUUGUCGGGCCCAACGCGGCUCUCGUCCUAGAGAGAGGUGUGAGGUCGACCUACAUGAGUCACGUGUACGACUUCUACAAGCCAGACCUCCUCUCGGAGUACCCACGUGUUGAUGGCAAGCUCUCGGUCGAGUGCUACAGCAGAGCCCUGGACAAGUGCUAUGCCGGUUUCUGCAAAAAGGCGAGAGCUGUCCGCGCUGAUGAGCACCACGACAGGCCGGUGACCCUAGACGACCUGGAUGCCAUGCUGUUUCACGCUCCAUACGGGAAGCUAGUGCAAAAAAGCCUGGCCAGGCUUGUGCUCAACGAUUUUCUGCGGGAUUCAACAUCCCCCAAGUAUGCCAGCCUAGCUGGCUUCAGCUCUGUACAUUUAGAGGACUCUGUGUUUGACCGAGACGUGGAGAAGGCCUUCAUGAAGUUCAGCCAGCAGAUGUUUGAGGACAAGACUAAGCCAAGUCUCCUGGUGUCCAACCAAGUGGGCAACAUGUAUACGCCCUCUCUGUACUCCUGUCUCGCCUCUUACCUCUCCAGCUUCCCAGUGUCCCAGUUGGCAGGCAAGCGCAUUGGGAUGUUCUCGUAUGGCUCCGGCUUGGCAGCCACUCUGUUCAGCCUUUGCGUGACAAACAACCUGGGGCCAGACUCCGCAUUGCAUGAGCUGCAUGCCAGCCUGGUUGACUUGCGUGCGCGGCUUGCCCAGCGUCGCAAGGUAGCACCCGAGGAGUUCGCCCUCAUCAUGAAGCUCCGUGAGGAGACACACCAUCAAGCACCGUACACGCCCGUCGGUUCUUUGGAGGACCUCUUUCCGGGCACAUGGUACCUUGCAUCGGUGGACAGUAUGCACCGGCGACAUUAUCAACGCCUGCCACUUGCAACUGCAAACGGAAAGGCUCCAGUGGCAACCACACUCAAGGAAUUCAACAACAGCGAAGUCACCACCAAUGGUCAGGCCAUGGCACACGAGACCUAGCAACGUGGGACUACCUGCAGCGUUGGCGAAGACCGUCCGUGUGCUGCACUGCCUCUUUCCUUCCCUUCCUUUUCUAGCUCGGAAUUGUUAUUCCUUACCUUUAACAUCAGUUUAUCAACCACAUUAUUACCUUUUUUUUUUUCCUUCAUCCCACCUUUAAUUUAGCCUGUGUUAACAUUGUAGCAACGGUUAUUUUAAUGAACAUUUUUCUCACUACAAAGCUGAGCAAAGUACUCCCGCGAGCCUCUAAACAAAGCUGUCUCCACGACGGCCUGCUGUCCUCGUGACUCUAGUACACAGCAUCUCGCCGCCUCGGAAACGCCCUCACGUUGUGUUGUAGGACUCUGCCUGGAGUUGUGUUGUCGAGCAUGCUGCGCGAGCGGUGUGCAGGAAACUACAGUGGCCUUUGAUGAGGAGCGUGUUGAAGUCUCGUUAGUGGACGUUUGGGAAGAAAAGGAGGAAAGCGUUGGGAAGCUGCGGUGUUGCGUGCAUUUUGCGUUGUUGGCUCCGUUGUAGAAGAUAUAAAAGUCGUAUGUGAUGGGAUCGUGUGAAAUGCCUGCUGAAGCUGGGAAUAUGUAGGAAUAGAUUCCUGUGUAGAUAUGCCUCACUCCACAGCCCUUAGCCUCCACAGGAAGGGGCGAUUGCUCUUUCAUAUCUUGCGUUUUCUUUUUCAUACUGCCUGCCUGUGAACAAAAUGCAGAUGUCGAUAAGUGAGUAGCGCCGUUUACUGUGAAUAUAGCGAUAAAAUCGCACUAGCACAGACAUUUGCUAGGGGGUAGCGCAAUUAUGCAGUAUUCGUUCACUGACUGUUAUGGCAUUUUUUCGCAGAAGUUUUCCUGCUGAGAUUCUGAGCGAAAUGAGUUUACCAAUUGGACUAUGCUGCAAAAUGCCCUAAUGGUUUUGGAUCGAAGGGGGAAAAAAAUGUGUAUCUUAUUGGCCGCACAAAAAAAGGGAGGGGGAGGCAAUAGCCAGAUGUUUCCACAAUUAAUAUAAGUAUAAGAAUUUUGUAGCGUGUUUUGCUUUUCUGCACUUUGUAGAGGAGACGGUAUGAGAAUGUGUUACCCAUUAACGCAUUACUGCUAAACCACUGUGGAGGUGCUUUUUUUAUUUAUUCAGUUUUUUUCUAGAGCACUUGUUUUAAUACUUUUUUUCUGUUUGGUAUGUGGGUUAUCGCGUAAUAUUUUACAUAAUUUAGACGAGCACAUAGUGCUGCUUUGUUCAGAUUAUUGCCGUCUUAUUAGGAGAAUGAAAUGACUCAAUGUUCACGCUUAAAAUUUUUUUAUACGUAGGGAAAAGAAAAUGACGUGUCGCCUUUUAUGCUGGAAGAGUUUGGAUAUGCAUUGGUAUCCUUUGUCGAUUGUUUUUCUACGACAUCUGACUGUAACCCGUAAUACCACAAUGAUACCUUUGAUCUGUGAUGCAAGGCGCAGCUUGUAUUGACAAAUAAAGGUUGUAAUUAUCUUUUUA